AUGGGCGAGGCGGGGCGGGUGGGUGCAGCCGUGCCCAGCAUGCAGAGCUCAGGGAGCAAGCCCUGCCCCUGCCCCAGCUUCAGGCUGCGGGAAGUGGCCUCCAUGUACUUCACCAUGGUCGCGGUGUUCCUGGUCAUCUUGGUGGUGGCCCUGCCGGGCUCGCUCUCCUGGAACGUCAGCUACCCCCAGCAAGUCGUGCAUUUCCAGCUCCUGGCCAAGAAGCUGAAGUUUGGGCUCCUCUUCGGGAUGUCGGACAGGGGCGAGUUCGAGAACGCCGACCUGGCCGUGCUCUGGAGCGAUGGGCACAGGUCUUAUUUUGGGGAUGCCUGGAGUGAUGCCAAGGGGCAGCUCCACAUGGACUCCCAGCAGGACUACCAGCUCCUCACGGCUCGGAAGGCUCCUGAGGGGCUCUACCUCCUCUUCAGAAGAGCCUUCAGCACCUGUGACCCCAAGGACUACCUGAUAGAGGAUGGCACCGUGCACCUUAUCUACGGGAUCCUGGAGAAACCAGUCCCUUCCCUCCAAGCCAUCAACACCUCUGCCAUCCACAGGGGACUGCAGAGGGUGCAGCUGCUGAAGCCCAACAUCACUGUCCCCAAACUGCCCAGCGACAUGGACACCAUGGAGAUAACAGCCCCUGACAUUGUCAUUCCCAGCCAGGAGACAACCUACUGGUGUUACAUGACUGAGCUCCCAGAGCACUUCCCCAAGCACCACAUCGUCAUGUACGAGCCGGUGAUCACGGCAGGCAACGAGGCCCUGGUCCACCACAUGGAAGUCUUCCAGUGUGCUGCUGAGUUCGACACCUUCCCCCACUACAACGGGCCCUGCGACUCCAAGAUGAAGCCAGAACGGCUCAACUACUGCAGGCACGUGCUUGCAGCGUGGGCCAUGGGAGCUCAGGCUUUCUACUACCCUGAAGAAGCAGGUCUGGCUUUUGGUGGCCAGGGCUCCUCCAAAUAUUUGCGCCUGGAGAUCCAUUACCACAAUCCCCUGGUGAUCAAAGGCCGCCGGGACUCCUCGGGGAUCCGUCUCUACUACACGGGCACCCUGCGCCGCCACGACGCCGGCAUCCUGGAGCUGGGCUUGGUCUACACCCCAGUGAUGGCCAUUCCCCCUGGCGAGGACAGCUUCAUCCUCACAGGCUACUGCACUGACAAGUGCACCCAGCUGGCUCUGCCUGCCGCCGGCAUCCGCAUCUUCGCCUCCCAGCUCCACACCCACCUGGCAGGCAGGGCAGUGGUGACGGUGCUGGCCAGGGACGGGAGAGAGCUGCAGGUGGUGAACGCUGACAGCCACUACAGCCCCCACUUCCAGGAGAUCCGCAUGCUGAAGGAGAUAGUUGCAGUUUUUCCAGGUGACGAGCUCAUCACAACCUGCACAUACAACACAGAGGACCGGAGCCAAGCCACUGUGGGUGGCUUUGGCAUCAUGGAGGAGAUGUGUGUGAACUACGUGCACUACUACCCCCAGACACAGCUGGAGCUGUGCAAAAGUGCCGUGGAUCCGGGCUACCUGCACCGCUACUUCAGCCUCGUGAACAGGUUUAACGACGAGGAGGUCUGCAUGUGUCCACAGGUCUCCAUCCCACAGCAGUUUCACUCCAUCCCCUGGAACACAUUCAACAGAGAUGUGCUGAAAUCCCUCUACAGCUUUGCUCCAAUCUCCAUGCACUGCAACAAAUCCUCAGCCGUCCGCUUCCCGGGCAAGUGGGAGAAGCAGCCGCAAUAA